AUGGCGCCCCAGCAGACUACUCACUCAAGAGGCAAAAGUCGUCUGGCCAUUCUUACCGCCUCUUUGAGAUGUCGAGCCACAAGUGGUGGAUACAGAGGGCGACUCCGCUGCCAGCGCGUGGUACGGCGAAAGCACGCUCUGCAAGAGCCUCGUGCGAUCAAAAUCAUUGGCCACGCGAUUGCCAUGUUGCAAUUGGGUCCAGCCCGUCAACUAAGGGAGUACCCGGUGUGCAGGCGCAACUGCAGAUGGGCGGUAUGGCUACAAGGACCUGGCUUGGGGGAGGGAGGGGCUGUAGGGCGCGGCAGGGCGGCAGAACGCGAGAGGGGUGCGAGGGGGAGGGAGGGGAGUGUGCGUGAUGGAGAGAGGGAGAGUGGCACAACAGUGGGAGACAGGCUCGCUCCAAGCAGCCAUGCUCAUGGCAAGAAGGCGUGGGCACGCAGCAAACCACGGGCGGGCAACCCUGCACGACACACUGUCAAUGGGCAGCGAUAG